UCAAUUAAACCCAAUGCAGUGCGUGCUGUGAAUCUAAGCAGCGCAUCCCUUCAGUUCAACAACUGUGACAGAAGUGUGGCUGGCUGUCGCCUUGUGAUAAUUUCGUCAGUCGCUUCGAGGGAAGAUAGAGACAAAAAUCGUAGCAGAGGGAAGAUGUGUUUGCCUGUCUGUCAAGUGUUGAUGGCCUCCUUGAUCGUUUCGGUGAUCGAAGCUUCCAUGCACCAGAGCGAAUGCCCACAGCUGUGCGUGUGUGAAAUCCGGCCUUGGUUCACUCCGCAGUCGACCUACCGGGAAGCCACCACGGUGGACUGCAACGACCUGCGCUUGACCAGAAUCCCCGUCAACCUGUCCGCUGACACCCAAGUGCUCCUUCUGCAGAGCAACAAUAUCGGCAAGACCACGGCUGAACUCGAGCAGCUGUUCAACCUUACCGAGCUGGAUCUCUCCCAGAACAAUUUCACCCACAUCCAAGACGUGGGGCUGACAAACCUUAGCCAGCUCACGACCCUGCACUUGGAGGAAAACCAGAUAGCGGAGAUGCCCAAUUAUUGCCUUAAGGACCUCAUUAAUCUCCAGGAAUUGUACAUAAAUCACAACCAGAUUAACAGCAUUUCUGCCAACGCCUUUUCUGGUCUGCGGAACUUAUUGAGGCUUCACCUGAACUCCAACAAACUCCGAGUGAUCGACAGCCAUUGGUUUGAGUCCACACCUAACCUGGAGAUUCUCAUGAUCGGAGAAAACCCGGUGAUUGGCAUCUUAGAUAUGAAUUUCCGUCCUCUGAACAAUCUGAGGAGCCUGGUUUUAGCAGCAAUGGAACUGACUGAAAUCCCUAGCAAUGCCCUGGUCGGGUUAGAUAGUCUAGAAAGCCUCUCGUUCUAUGAUAACAAACUGGGAAGAGUACCUCAACUCUCACUUCAGAAUGUGCCCGUCUUGAAAUUCCUCGAUUUGAACAAGAAUCCGGUGCACAAAAUUCAAGAAGGUGAUUUUAAAAACAUGCUUCGCUUGAAAGAACUCGGUAUUAACAACAUGGCCGAGCUCGUUUCUAUUGACCGGUACGCCCUGGAUAACUUACCCGAACUGACCAAACUGGAAGCCACGAAUAACCCUAAACUGUCGUACAUUCACCGCUACGCAUUCCGUGACCUCCCGUCCCUUGAGAGCUUGAUGCUCAACAAUAACGCCCUGAACGCUCUCUAUGAAAAGACCGUGGGUUGUCUUCCCAAUCUGCGUGAGGUGAGCAUUCACAGUAACCCCAUCAGAUGCGAUUGUGUCAUCCAGUGGAUGAAUUCGAACAAGACCACAAUUCGCUUCAUGGAGCCCCAGUCCAUGUUUUGCGCCAUGCCACCAGAAUACAGAGGACAGCAAGUCAAAGAAGUCCUCUCCCAGGAGACUGUGGAGCAGUGCCUCCCAAUGAUUGCUCACGAUACCUUCCCCAACCACCUCAACGUGGACAUUGACAUGACGGUCUCUUUGGACUGUCGAGCCAUGGCGGAACCUGAACCGGAAAUCUACUGGGUCACGCCUCUGGGAAGUAAAAUCACGGUCGACACUCUCUCAGACAAGUACAGGCUGAGCAACGAGGGGACUCUGGAAGUCACUCAGAUCCAGAUUGAAGACUCGGGAAGGUACACUUGUGUCGCUCAGAACUCGGAAGGAGCAGAUACCAGAGUUGCGACCAUUCGAGUUAACGGAACACUCCUGGACGGCACGCACGUGCUAAAACUUUACGUGAAGCAAACCGAAUCGCACUCUAUCUUGGUCUCGUGGAAAGUGAACUCCAACGUCAUGACCUCCAACUUGAAGUGGUCCUCGGCCACCAUGAAGAUAGACAACCCUCACAUCACCUACACUGCCAGGGUUCCCGUCGACGUGCACGAGUACAACCUGACGCACCUUCAGCCCUCCACGGAGUACGAGGUCUGUCUCAGCGUCUCUAACAUCCACCAGCAGACGCAGAAAUCGUGCGUCAAUGUCACCACCAAGGGCGUGGCGUUCUCCUUGGACAUUACCGAUCAAGGAACGAGCACAGCGCUGGCAGCGGUUAUGGGUUCAAUGUUCGCCAUCAUCAGCAUCGCCUCGAUAGCAGUUUACAUCACAAAACGCCUCAAGCGGAAGAACUAUCACCACUCGCUGAAGAAAUACAUGCAGAAGACAUCUUCCAUCCCGUUGAACGAGCUUUACCCACCACUCAUCAACCUGUGGGAAGGGGACAGCGAGAAGGAAAAAGAUGGCUCUUCUGAGGUGAAGCCUACUCCUGUCGACACAACGAGAAGCUACUACGUGUGGUAAUUCUGAAGGAAUUUUUGCUUCCAGUUUAAAGGGAGCACGGAGACUUUUUUGCUUUUUUUCUGCAAAAGUGAAAGUUCCCAAACUCUUUUGUAUUUGACUUUGCUAACUUUUGGCAGAGCUGUGAGGACAGAUGGAUAUUUCAAAGACUUUUAGUAUAGCGUAUCGCCGUCGAAGGACAUGGGG